GGCAAAAAGACAGACACAGAGAACAACCUCAUCUCCUCCGAAGUCUGGGGAUAACAAAACCAACGAAAGAACAAAGAGGGCAGAGAAGAGGAAAAAAAAAAAUGGCUUCGAUCUCGGCGGUAACAUUGUCGCCAUGGCUGUCGAGUAGGGGCAGUCGAGCACAAACGUCCUCUGCUUCUCUCACUUUCCUCACUGGUUCCAGAAGAACUACCUCUCUGUCCAUGAACGCCGCGAACGUCCUCAACGCCCGUUCUGGGCUGCUUCACUGCUCCUUCCUUCCUUCCUCGUCUCUGGGCUUUCCUUCUUCUGUCUCAGGUUUAUCACUGGGCUUGGAUUUAAAUUCUAACGUUGGGAUUGGAAAAGGAAACCGCCGUGGCUUAGUCGUGAGGGCUGGGAAGCCUGCUCUUUGUCUAACCAAGAGAAACAGGUCUCGGAAAUCAUUGGCGCGAACACAUGGCUUCCGAAGGCGAAUGAGAACCACUAGCGGUAGGGCAGUGCUAAAGCGCAGACGUGCCAAGGGACGAAGGGUUCUCUGCACAAAAUCCUAUCCCAGCAGUGGGAAAGGUUCCUGAUUGUUUGCUCCUUUUCUGAAACUGUUUUAGCCAGAGUAAUGUUUAUGUUAUGAUGUCUCUGACAGUCGAUUUAUGUGUAUGUCACCGAAAUUUUAAGCUUAUGCAUCAUGAUUUUCUUUUGUAUUUUUUUUUUUAAUUUUAAAGAACCGUGACAAUUGAAUUUUUACUCUGUUUCUGCAUUGAUAUCCCAUGAUUAACUGUUCAGCAUGAAAAGUAAUUUCUUUUUUGAGUCA